CACAUAAGUAUGACCAAAUACGGGUUCUGACUAUGCCUCUUCUCGAGGGUUUCGUUAUUCUAGACGCGGUCAGUGCAGGCAUCGGAUCGUGUCCCGUCAACUCGAUAAACGGAGCCUUUGUCAUAGAGAAAUCCACUCCUCCAGACGCAGUCAGUGCAGGCAUCGGAUCAAGGCCGGUCAGCUCGAUAAACGGAACCUUGAACAAAGAUGCCUUGCCCGAGAUGAGCGUUGAAGAGUUAGACAACCCGGCGCUCAAGCCCGUGCAUCGCACCAACCUGGCGCCACUUCCUAACCUUCCUAAUCUGAACACGAACAGAAUUCGGCCCAUGAUUCCGCCGAUUAAUAAUCAUGUUUGAUGACUUAACAACAGGUUAAGCCGCGCUUUGGGAAAACGUGGCUUACUGCAUGUGUGUACAUUGUAGUCCCAUAUAUAUAUAUAUCCCGAUUAGUUCGCUAAUCUGGGACGACACUUUACGCACAUGCAUCAAGCCCAGUUUUCCCAGUCUGAUUGUCUGGAUUGCUGUGUUAUUGAUAUUACCUCUUUAAUUUUAACUUUUGGUACAUAAUAAAUAGAAUUUUAUUUUAACAUGUGGGAAUAUGAAUUUUGGCUUUAGAGCGAAGCGGGAAAAUACUACUUAGACACGCUUCUCAUAGAUAUUCUGUACGGAUACAAGUUCACGGUGCAAAUUAAAGGUAAUGAGAGAUAAUACAAUACUGCAUUCGUCUUUAAAGAAAUUCG